CCGCGGACGGGAGGGGCGGGCUUCCGGUGCGGCGGUGUCAGUUCCGGCGGCGGCGGCGGUGGAGGGAUGGUGCUGCUGCACGUGCUGUUCGAGCAUGCCGCCGGGUACGCGCUGUUCGCCGUGCGGGAGGUGGAGGAGAUCAGCCUGCUGCUGCCGCAGGUGGAGGAGAGCGUCCUUACCGUCGGCAAGUUCCACAACGUGGUGAAGCUGGUGGCGUUCGCCCCCUUCAAGUCGGCGCAGAGCGCGCUGGAGAACAUCAACGCCGUCUCCGAGGGGAUCCUCCAUGAGGACCUGCGGCUGCUGCUGGAGACCUCCAUGCCGGCCAAGAAGAAGAAAGCACUGCUGGGGGUGGCCGACGCCAAGAUCGGGGCUGCCAUCCUGGAGGAGCUGGGCUACCAGUGCCAGACCGGGGGAGUGGUGGCCGAGAUCCUGCGGGGGAUCCGCCUGCACUUCCACGCACUGGUGAAGGGCCUGACCGCCCAGUCGGCCUCCAAGGCCCAACUGGGCCUUGGGCACAGCUACUCCCGGGCCAAGGUGAAGUUCAACGUGAACCGUGUGGACAACAUGAUCAUCCAGUCUAUCAGCCUGCUGGACCAGCUGGACAAGGACAUCAACACCUUCUCCAUGCGCGUGCGGGAAUGGUAUGGGUACCACUUCCCCGAGCUGAUCAAGAUCGUCUCUGAGAACUACACGUACUGCCGGCUGGCCAAGUUCAUCGGAAACCGCAAGGAGCUGAGCGAGGAGAGCCUGGAGGGACUGGAGGAGAUCGUCAUGGACAGCGCCAAGGCCCAGGCCAUCCUGGAGGCCUCCCGCUCUUCCAUGGGGAUGGACAUCUCCCCGCUCGACCUUAUCAACAUCGAGAGCUUUUCCAGCCGUGUCAUCUCGCUCUCAGAGUACCGCAAGGGCCUGCAGGAAUAUCUGCGCUCCAAGAUGAGCCAGGUGGCUCCCAGCCUCUCAGCCCUCAUCGGGGAGGUGGUGGGUGCCCGCCUCAUCUCCCAUGCCGGCAGCCUGACAAACCUGGCCAAGUACCCAGCCUCGACGGUGCAGAUCCUGGGGGCUGAGAAGGCCCUUUUCAGGGCUCUGAAGACACGAGGGAACACUCCCAAGUACGGGCUUAUUUUCCACUCCACCUUCAUUGGACGAGCAGCCGCCAAAAACAAGGGGCGCAUCUCCCGCUACCUGGCCAACAAGUGCACCAUCGCCUCUCGCAUCGACUGUUUCUCAGAGGUUCCCACCAGUGUCUUCGGGGACAAGCUGCGGGAACAGGUGGAGGAGCGCUUGGCCUUCUAUGAGACAGGGGAGCCGCCCCGCAAGAACCUGGAGGUGAUGAAGGAGGCCGUGGUGGAGGCAAGUGAGGUGGUGGCUGAGGUCAAGAGGAAGCAGGAAAAGAAGGAGAAGAAGAAGAAAAAGCGAGAGAAGCGGCGGCUGGAGGCCUUGGCUGCAGCUGCAGAGGAGGCAGAGAACUCCGUGCUGGAGACACAGGAGAACGACAUCGAGCCCAAGAAGAAGAAAAAGAAGAAGAAGCAGCAGGAGGCCGAAUCAGAGCAUGAGUUGGAGGCUGUCUCGGAGCCAGAGGAGAAUGGGCUGGAGGAAGAGGCCUUGCCCAAGAAGAAAAGGAAACUAACGGUAGAGGCUGACCAGGAGGAGGAAAAGAAGAAAAAGAAGAAGAAGAAGAAGAAGAAGGGAGCCAGGGACUCUGAGGAGGAUUAGGGGAGUGGAGCUGGAGCCAGGCCCUACUCCAGCAGCAUGGACUCACAGACUGACGGGUCAGCUCAGCAUGGCCCCUUGUGGCCACCAGCAUUUCAUGGCAGCAUAACACAACGGAACUGGCGGCACCCCAUGGUCUGGGUGAGUCCCUUUGCCCAGGCCAAGGUGCCAGCAGUCCCUGGGGCAGUGCUCUGGCGCACUGUGCCUAUGCAGUGUUGCUUCCUUCUGGCCCCUUCCCGUGGGGUGGCUCAGGCUGCAUGUGGCAGCUGUCACUGGGCCAUGCCCACAGCUUGCGUGGGGCAGAAACCCACCCCGUGUGACCGGACCUCAAUAAAGGGCUGAGGUCAUUGUUCA